CUCGGCGGAUGGCUGCAGCCCAGAAGCGCUCACUUGAGGAAACCUCAGCGUUUUAUACCAAGACAUUGGAACUUCUUUGUUUUUUAUGAGUGGACAGACCUUUCGAAGGACUUCACUAGUAGGCCAGAAUGCACGAGCGCAGUCGGUGUGAAGGUGGUUUUCGCGUACACGUGUGGCAGGUCUAAAUUUGACAAGCUGCAGAAGCUCCUGGGCUUUUCCAUCAGAGGCUGUGGAAGCGGGGCUGGGGUGGGUGCGAGGGUGACCUGGAUUGAAUAGAAGCAUUCAGCAGAGCUGUGGCCAUGCGGUUUUCUACAACUCCUGGACGUACUGGGUCAAAAGGACAUGCCCUGGCACCAGCAACCUCUUGAGGAUGCUUAUGGCAACUCUGUUCUGCUCCAUUGGUAGCCAAAGCAAAGGGAUUGCCAUGUCCCUCAGUGCAACCUCGGGGUGAAUUUUUUUUGACUGAGCAUUAAUGAUCAAUGAUGCUUGUCAUUCUGACACCUGAUUGAACGGCACAACUCCGACGAUGCUACGGUUCAAGGCUCUUUGCUUAGACUAUUGGCAGUUUCUGUGCCUUCAGCCGUCUAACGGCUUCUUUAAAAGUGUGGAGGGGGAAGUUCAGAGCAGUGAGCCAACCCCUUCUCUGGACCAUGGGACGGGCUAUGGCCCCCUGACCCACAGUUCCUCCAUCAGCCCCGACACAUUCGACCCCUCGGGGUACGGCCAGACCGCCCAGCCCGGCCCGCAGCGCCCACGGAGGCCCAAACUCCAGCACUCGCAGUCCAUCCUCCGCAAACAAGCUGAAGAAGAGGCCAUCAAACGCUCACGCUCGCUGUCUGAGAGCUAUGAGCUCUCCACUGAUCUGCAGGACAAGCAGGUGGAGAUGCUAGAGAGGAAAUAUGGCGGGCGUUUCAUCAGCCGCCAUGCCGCUCGCACCAUUCAGACGGCAUUCCGCCAGUACCAAAUGAACAAGAACUUUGAGCGUCUCAGGAGUUCCAUGUCAGAGAACCGCAUGUCACGGAGGAUUGUUCUGUCCAACAUGAGGAUGCAGUUUUCCUUUGAGGGACCUGAGAAAGUCCACAGUUCAUUUUUCGAGGGCAAGCAGGUGUCUCUGACUGAUGAGGGCGGUCAGAUGGGACCCAUGGUGCAGACCGAGAGUGGGGAUAUGGUCCCUGUGCACAUUGCUGCACCUUCAGGCACGAGCGACCUUAGCGAUGCUAUCACAGAGCUUGAGGAUGCUUUCUCUAGACAGGUCAAAUCAUUGGCAGAAUCUAUUGAUGAUGCCCUGAAUUGUCGGAGUUUGCAUGAAGAGGAGGACCGGCCAGAGCAGGUUCAGGACAUGCAAGGGAAGUUGCCCUACCAGGUGAAACCUGUCCAUGGCACUGACCGACGCAAGCUUGAUGAGAUGAUGGCUUCCUACAGUGAUGUGACUCUCUUCAUCGACGAGGAGGACCUUUCUCCCCCCAUCCAGCUUACCCACCACUCGGCAGACCCUGCAUCGAGCACAGAGUCCGACCAGCGUGCCCAAUCAGUGAACUCCUCGCAGGAAUACUGGCCCAUAGACAACAAGGAGGACAAAGUGGACACAGACACCAGCUGCCGGAGCACCCCAUCAUUGGAAUGUCAGGAGCCGAGACUUCGUAUGGACCAUCUGCCGCUUCUAACCAUCGAACCACCCAGUGACAGCUCGGCGGACAUGAGUGACCGCUCAGAGAUCGACUCAGUAAAGAGGCAGAACGUUUACGAGCGGACCGUGGCCGGACCACAGGCCAGUCCCAAACACAUAGCACACGGUCUACCUCCUAGAGUUCCCUCCCUCUCACGGGAUGAGGAGCCGAUUAGGCACAGGCACCGGCAGCUGGAGAGCCACCUGGCCAUCAACGGGAACCGACAGAGCAAGUCGGAAUCAGACUUUUCCGACGGGGAUAAUGACAGCAUCAACAGCACAUCAAACUCCACUGACACCAUCAAUUGCAGCUCAGAGUCAUCGUCACGGGACAGCGUGAGGGAGCAGACGCUCAGCAAGCAGACGUACCACAAAGAGACACGCAACAGCUGGGACUCACCUGCCUUCAGCAACGAUAUCAUCCGCAAACGCCACUACCGCAUAGGCCUCAACCUUUUCAACAAAAAGCCAGAGAAAGGAAUUCAGUACCUGACUGAGAGAGGGUUCGUUCCGGACACACCUGUGGGAGUGGCCCACUUUCUGCUUCAGAGGAAGGGGCUUAGUCGGCAGAUGAUUGGCGAGUUCCUGGGCAACCGACAGAAACAGUUCAACAGGGAUGUUCUCGACUGCGUGGUGGAUGAGAUGGACUUCUCAGGGAUGGAACUCGAUGAAGCUCUCAGGAAAUUCCAGGCACACAUCAGGGUCCAAGGAGAGGCCCAGAAGGUCGAGCGCUUAAUUGAGGCUUUCAGCCAACGCUACUGCAUUUGCAACCCAGGAGUGGUGCGGCAGUUCCGAAACCCAGACACCAUCUUCAUCCUGGCCUUUGCCAUCAUCCUCCUCAACACAGACAUGUACAGCCCCAAUGUUAAGCCAGAGCGCAAGAUGAAACUAGAAGACUUUGUCAAGAACCUUAGAGGGGUUGACGAUGGUGAGGACAUCCCUCGUGAAAUGCUGAUUGGUAUCUAUGAGCGUAUUCGUCAGAAGGAGCUAAAGACCAAUGAAGACCAUGUGUCUCAGGUUCAGAAGGUGGAGAAGCUCAUUGUAGGAAAGAAGCCGAUUGGUUCUCUUCAUCAUGGUUUGGGAUGUGUGCUGUCCCUGCCCCAUCGCAGGCUAGUGUGUUAUUGCCGUCUGUUUGAAGUACCAGAUCCCAACAAGCUGCAGAAACUUGGCUUGCAUCAGCGGGAGAUCUUCCUCUUUAAUGACCUCUUGGUGGUAACUAAAAUCUUCCAGAAGAAGAAAAACUCUGUGACGUACAGCUUCAGGCAGUCCUUCUCCCUGUACGGAAUGCAAGUGUUGCUGUUUGAGAACCAGUAUUAUCCAAAUGGAAUACGGCUCACCUCAGCCAUUCCAGGCGCUGAUGUAAAGGUCCUCAUUAGCUUCAACGCCCCAAACCCUCAGGACCGCAAGAAGUUCACCGAUGACUUGCGGGAGUCCAUCGCUGAGGUCCAGGAAAUGGAAAAGUACCGGAUAGAGUCUGAGCUGGAGAAGCAGAAAGGCGUAGUAAGACCCAGCAUGUCCCAGAGCAUGUCAGGCCUGAAAAAAGAGGCAGGCAAUGGAACCAUGAGCCGCGCCAGUCUGGAUGACACAUAUGCCAUGGGGGAGGGGCUAAAGAGGAGCGCGCUCAGCAGCUCCCUGCGUGACCUGUCUGAAGCAGGCAAGCGUGGGCGCCGCAGCAGUGCAGGAUCACUAGACAGCAAUAUGGAAGGCUCCAUCAUUAGCAGUCCUCGCCUGCGCCGGAGAGCGCCCUCCUCAGCUCGGGAUUGCCCUUCCCGCCCCAGCCCGAACCCCCCAUCCUCCUCCUCCUCCCUGCUGGGAUCGCUCUUUGGCAGCAAACGGGGAAAGCCUUCAGCGCAAGGCUACCCUCCUCAUCCUCAUCCUCUGCCUCCGCACCACCCCACUCUUAUCUCCCACAAGCCCCACCCCACCAACCUGCACCACACAGCUCAGGCCCAAAUGGAGGUCACCCAUGCUUACCAUGGACAGCGCUGUCCACUUCCGCAAAACCCUCCACCGUAUCACCACCAUCACCACUACCACCCGCCCCAGCCUGGGCCUGGGCCCCGCCUCUACCGACAGCACUCAGGCCAUGCCCCCAUCCCGCACACCCACACACACCAUCCUCAGUUCGCGCACCACCACCACCACCAUCACCGGCACCAUAGAGAGCAGCAGCAGCCGGCCAGCUCCAAACCCAAGCACUGUGGCAUCAGCACGGUGGUGUGACCCCGGCUACACUCUGAGCCAUAGAACUUCACAAACACACACCAGACUUACGGUCACUGUGGGCUGCCGGGUAGCACCAGGCUUGGUUGGCUUGAAAAGCAGGUUGGACUCAAAAUUUGGAGAGGCGUUCUGCUUGGAAAAUGCAGGUUAAACUCUAGCCCCGGAGAGGCUUUUCAGGAGCUUUUCUGAGGUUUAACGUAGCUAUGGUCAGGUUUCGGUAGGGGUGAAAAGGUUGAAGGAUUGUGAACUAAACUAUAUGUCCAAAACUAUCCAGAUACCCCCUCUACUUAGUAGAUAUUCAAAGGCUUUAAAGUACAUACAUUGCUGAUACAGGUGGAAUGCAAACAACCAUGACACCUCUACAGAAAAGCAUUACUAGAAUGUCUCUGUUGCUCUCUGGAGGCCCUGCAUUGGACUGUGGAGCAGUCGAUUUGUGUGUUUUUUGGGGUUAUGAAGCUCUAUUGAACACCUUUCAGACGAGUUGAAUAUGUUUGAGAUAAGCUGGCAUCAUGGAGCUCCAUUAAACGCCUUUGAGAUGAGUUAAGACUGAUGAAGCUCUGUUGGAAUAUGUUUGAGGUAAGCUGACAUUCAUGAAGCUCCUUUAAACACCUUUGAGAUGAGUUAGAGUAAUGAAGCUCCAUUAAAAUAUUUGUAAUCAGAUAGAGCAGUUUGUGAUCCUAAUCCAAUCUGCUAACAUCACACCAAAACAACACUCACUAAUGCUCUUAUAGCUGAAUGAAAUCAAAUUCCAGCAUCAAUAGAUGCUGAUAGAUCCAACAUCUAUUGGAUAGCAUUUUCAGAAGAGCAGAGGCUGGUGUUUAAGGACAAACCUUGUACUAAUGUCCUUGAUUUCGGGGGGGAAAAUGCUGGACAAGCAGGUGUCUAGAUACUUUUGGACAUAUAGUGUUUGAGCAGUGGUUCUCCUCCACUUUCCCCUACCCAGAGGGUCAAAGGCGAUGAGAAAUGGACUUGUUCAGACAAGGCUCCGUGUUUUCCUCACAAUAGUUCAUUGUAAACAGUCUCUAAAGACUUGUUGUUGUUGUUGUUGUCGUCAUUUCAACACUCUGCCUACAUGUAUCUCCAAGAUGCUAUUUUUAUUUCAAAAGAAGUGUGCGUGUUGCUCAUUGUAGGACGCUUCAUAUUUUUUAUGAGCCUGAACAUGCUCUCCUCCUCCUGGAUGGCUAGCAGACCCCGCUGAACGACCGAGCUGCCAGUCACGAGAGCAUAGUCAUCCUAAUACUGUAUUUAUUGUGGAUAACAGCUUUAUUUGUUGUCCUAGCAAUCAUAUAUAAAUGUGCCAAUAACCAUUGCAUAUCUACUCAGUCAAAUGCUCUGCUCUGUGUAUACUGUAUCGUGUGUAAUAGUAUUUAGUAGUGUAAUUGCAUCCAUUGUAAGAUGUUCUAUAAUACUGUAAAAAAUAGACAUAUUCAGAGUUUUUUUUUAAUAUUAUGGUCAAAAAUAAGUCAAAUGAAAUGGUCACAAGUGCAGUCAAUGUCAGUGGUACCAUAUAUGUUACUGCGCAAAAGUCAGAAACCACCAUUUGUUUAUUUGAUUAUAAUUUUGCCUUUAUUACAGCUUGCUUUCAGUUUUUCAAAGAAAUCUGUGAGUAUAUGUUUCCACACCUCCAAAGUUCAGUCUUAGAAGUUGGUUGCAUUUUCUGCUUCUCACAAACCAAAAUAUUCCCAAACUCAUUCAAAGAUGGAAGCUUCAAGCGCUGUGUAUCUGAUAGGAACAGUUUUGGAGGUCUAGCAGAUUUUGCCGGUGAUUGUUAGGAAUGACAUUUUUUUAAGUUUUUAAUCAUUUUCCUAUUUGAUCAUUCACUUCAGUUUUGGAAGCUCCUGUUCUUUUUCACUUACUUUUCCUCUGACUUUCUCCUGCCUUGGCAAUUAUCUUGCAUCCAAUCUCCUCAGAAGUAUCUCCUGAAACAUGAAUAACUUGUACUUAGCAGGUGUUUUGACAAGAAAUUAAAUAAAUAAAGUGUGGUCUCUGACUUUUGCACAGUACUAUUUUGGAACUUUUGACGCCUUUGCAAUAUUCUCUGAAGCAAUUUUGGAAAACAGAAAGCACGCCCUAAGCAGAGGCCUAGCAUAGAUUGUCAAAGCUGGACUGUAUAUUAUUAAGGCUGCUUCAACUAAGCAGUGGGGUUGUAGAUACAGAGUUACUGACCCUCAUGUUUACAUAUGUAAAUGGCUCAGUAAUUGAAAGUAAUUGAAAUUGAAAGCUAACAGACUAUGAAUGGUGUAAAGUACAGCAAACCAUGAGCUAAAGGGGCAAACACAGCACUUUUUAUAGAGCUCAAUGUGUGGCAACAAUUCACUGAGCACUUGGACGAUCCUUUUACAUUACAUCUUAUACAAAUAUAUAUAAUUGUUUUCCGAGAAUGGGGAAACUACUAGUGUUUUACUAAAAAGAAGUAAGCUUUCUUUUACAUUUUUCAAAGAAAAUGAUGAAAUCUAAGUUUGUUUUGGUUUUUGGUUUUUUGUUUUUUGGUUUUUUAGGAUAAGGUAAAGUAAAAGUAGGGUAGAUAGUCAAUGUUUGUCCUGCACAUAUCCUACAGAGUUAUGCACAAACCAUAUGAGGGCCAGUGACUGAAGUAUUUUUCUUUUCUUUGUAUGUGCAAUAUAUUUGUAAUGAUUUUGUGAAGAAUCCCGUCCUGUUAUGCUGUGUGAUGACGUUUUUUUUUAUAAUUACAAACACAUUACAUUAUCGUAGUGGCUCUCAUAAUUGACCAUUUGCAAAAAAAAGUCCCUCGUCCUUUAGUUACUGUUGCUGUGUCCAUCAAAUUUUCACCUCAGGCCACCUGGUAGCAACCUUAGCACUUGUGCUAACAGGCUAAAACUUUUGCAGCACAAAGGAAAAAGUCGAAGCACAUAAAGGAGUAUAUAUAUAUAUAUAUAUAUAUGAUGCGUCAUUAUUCAAAAAUAAAAUUGCUUUACAAGAUGUUUAGUGCAGCCAUACAUAUUUGAGCAGUUAAAGUGGCAGGUUUUAUGCCUGGUGAGAAGGUUUGGGCCAUGGGAGCUGUUCCUUCAGAUGAGCUAAUGCUGAAGCUAAUGCUGGAGCUAGCUGGUGCUGAGAAAUCCUUUUAGCAAAAUUUUAUGAAACAAUGGAAAUGAUUGUUCACAUACUUGUGCAUUAAUAUUACAAAGAUAUGUUCAAUCACAAAUGUGAGCACAACACAGUUGUGUUUAUUCUAGCAAGCUAACUGUAAACAGCUAAGAUAUGAAAUGCUAACAUUCAGUGGUUCUCAGAUUGGUUCACAAUUUUGUUCCAAUGCAACUAAAAAUGCAGAGACAGAGUAAAAAUUUGUACUUUCUGAGGCCGGUUUGAGAAGCACUGUACUAGAUAACUGAUCUUAACAUUCUUCUGUAACUUUAGAAAUCACAUUAAAGUCAGUUAGCAGGUACAGUAACCCAGGUAAAGUUUAGCUAACCUGAGAGCUGCCUUGUUACUAGUUCUGACAUUGAGCUAUGAGUUUGGUCUUCCACAUACAGUCAUAGAAGUUGGAACAUCACUGAUCAAAUGACAUAUUUUGUUGAUUAAAAUAAGUUCAGAUCCUCUAGAGAGAUCAACUUUAGUGCAGAAUUUCAAUUUAUUUGCUAAUAAAAUAGAAAAUUAAAAUGUAAUAUAUAAAAUGUGCCAUAUGUUUUGCACAGGACACAUUUCAUGUUUAUUUCCCCCCCCAAAUAUGUUCAUUUAGCAAAUAAACAGUAAUUGUAUAUUAAAAUGUGCAGGCGUAUGUUCGCUACAUAGGAUGUGUUUAACUGGUUUUCACGUAGAAAAUCAACAAAAUAUGUAUUUUGACCAGGGGCGACCAACUUUUGCGUAUGAUUAAUCCGAAACUUUUCCAGCAUUAGUCUGUGUCUGAAUCUCAAGCUCCCUAAAUAACAUUUUUGCAUGUCUCUUAUUCUGAUCAUUCUGAGUAAUUUACUACCACCAAUGUUCUCACUGCACGUUUGCUCUGAGAACUUUUGUCUGAGUUUUAUUUCAUGUAAUGAAGAAAGUAGCACUCAGAGCUGUGAUUGGAUAAUUCAUUAUUUUGCAAACGGUCAAUACAGUGAACCACUCACUUGGGAUUUUUUGGAAAUAGGCUGUUGUGUCCUCUUCUGUAUGAUACCAUUUAAAAAAUUUUUUUUUGGCCAAAAUAAAUCAGUGUUACUUUGGCGAUGAAGUGCAUUCGUUUAGACUGCAUUCACACAUUCUAGAUAAUAGCAGCAUCUGUUAUUCCUUCAAGAGAUUCAGGUGAAAUGUUCAGACAAAUUAUGCAAAUAUCUUUCCUUCCAGAAAUGAAUGAUGAAAAGCGAUGGCGAAUGUAUUUAAGGAAGAUGAAAUGUAUGUUUAGUGUUUUUUUGUUUUUCUUUUUUAUUUUUGCUUUAUUGCACCAUAAGGAUGGUUUGCAGAGUUGGCUCUUUGCUGAUUGGUCACUGUAUCUGAAUGGCAAUUUAACAUAGUUCUCUGCAGGUAUGUUUAAUCAUGGCUUGGGUUUUAUCGUCUCACUUAAUUUAAAGGAAUAUACAUGCAUUUUCAAACCCAACCCUCGUCUCCUACACUCUUAAAAAAGAUGGUUCUUAAAGAGUUCUUUAGUAAAGAAAAUGGUUCUAUAUAGAACCAUGAACACGUAUGUAACCUGCAUGAUUAAAGGGUUCUUUGCAUAUGAAACGUUCUUCAGAUUGAUGGAGAAUAUGCUGUAGAUGGUUCAUUGUAGAACCUUUUUAAAAUGGGUUCUACAAAGCACCAAAAAGGGUUCCUCCAUUGUAACAAGCUUAAUGUCGCAACAAUAGAAGACACUUGGUAUAUUUACCAAAUUUUCCCAUAGGUUCCCAACAACACAAAACUUGAAGCAUAUCGCCAAUGACUUUGAUUGUAAAUGCGUUUCAGGUGAGUGGGUUUUCUGUUCUAUGUAUAGGUAAAGAUAUUGAAAUUGCCCUCUAUGGUAAGCAACCAUGUCUUACAGAUGUAGCAGAUAGAAAUUAGGUUGAAAUACUCUGGAAUAUACACUCUUAAAAAGAUGGCUCUUCAAGGUUUUUUAGUAAAGGCAUUGGUUCUAUUUAGAAUCAUGAGUUCUAUAUAGAAACAUUUCAUGCUCAAAUGUUUUUUUGCAUGGUGAUAAGGUUCUCUAGAUUGAUGGAGAAUGUGUUGUAUAUGGUUCUACAUAGAAUCUUCUUAAAAAAAUAGUUCUACAGCAUCGAAAAGUGUCAUUCUAUUGUUAUGCUGUCAAGUUUGUAGCAAUAAAAGAACACUAUUUAGCACUAGGGCUGUACGGUAGCACAAGUGCAAGAAGCACUCAGGGCAAGAAGGGUUUGAUUCCCUGGCCGGGCGACCAGGGCCCUUUCUGUGUGGAGUUUGCACGUUCUCCCUGUGUUGUGUAGGUUUCCUCCGGGUGCUCCAGGUUCCUGGCAUGGUCCAAAGAUGCUAAACUGGCCCUAAAUGUGUGUGUGAGAAUAUAUAUGUCUGUUUGUCUAGCAUGUGAUGAACUGGCUGCCUGUCCAGGAUGUUUCCUGCUUUCCAACGAGUGACUAUGAUAUGCUCACAUAAUGAUAAGAGGCUCAAAUAAUAUGUGCAUGUAUUUGGUGCUAUAUAGAACCAUAAACAAUGCAUUCUCCAUCAAUCUAAGAAAACUAUUUCACCCUCCAAAGAACCAUUUAAUCAUAGUUCUAUAUACAACCAUUGUCUUUACUGAAGAACUUUUGAAGAACCAUCGUUUUUUAGAACAUCCAUGAAUCAGCUUAUGUUUGUUGUGCAGUGUCCUUCCUAUUGUUUUAGGCAACAUAUAUGUGAUGUGUGGUCUUUUAGACAUCUUGUCUUUGUAACCAUUUUUUAAAAUUCUGUUACGAAACAUUUAUGAAAGCAAUGUUCAGAAGAGCAUCGGCCCUUAUCACUGACUGUUCUUCAGUCACAGAGUCCGAGAACGUAUCCCAACAAAGCACUGCAUGGACCCAAUGCAUCUUGUUCACUGUGAGCUGAUGGACAUUCAGCCUGGGGGAAAAAGGUUUCUUUUUGUUUCUUUUUUUUUUUGUACCCUCAACAUAGAAUUGCUGUUCCGUACCACAUUGUGUUUUACUGAAGUGCAGCAUGCAGAUCAUUUUACAUAUCCACUGUAGAACAACGAAAGAGAGAAAAUGCAGGAAAGAAUGAGUCCCACUAUUGCACAAGUCCAUCAGUUGAGGACGUUUAGCUGUGUAAAUAUGAGCUGAAGACAUCAGAAUUGUCUGAACAGCAGGUGUAACCAGAUAUGUAACAGUUGCAAAUCUGUCAGUGGACCAAGUGGGAGAAAUAGACCUGUACAUAGUGUUCAUAGUACAGUUCCUCGUAACGUAAUGUCCUCAUUUAAUGGAGGGUGUGUUCCCGUCUCGUCCAAAGUGGACGAAAGCUAUACGGUUUUGGUUCAUCUCCGCUUUGAUCCGUACUGAGCUGUGAUGCUGUGCAUUUUAGAAACAGACUGUUGGAAAUGUAAAAAAAAAAAAAGGAAAAAAAAGUUCACUGCCUCUCACAUCGACCCACCAGACCGCUGCUGUCCUCAGAGCAUGUUUCAGGAAAGGGAAAGAUUUUGGAAAAAAAAUAAAGGAAUGAAUGCUUUCAUUUUGAUAUGCAGUCUGUUUGUAAGUGCUUAAGAUCUGAUCAAUGUAAAACUUCAACUGUGACAAUGUUGAGAAAUAAAACAUGAUAGAAAGAA